AUGCGGUUCCCGUCGAGAAUGCUCCUGCCGGCGGUGCUCCUGAUGCUCUCGGUCACUGUGUUCGCCGUCGAUCCGCUCGACUUCCUGUUCAGCUCAAACAUGGCCCAAUACCCGAGAUACCGCCCGAUCGCCGCCACUAGGGCCGACGUGACUCCCGAAUUCGGAAAGAGGUUUUGGCUUGGGUCCGCAUUCGAGUUCUAGUCUUCCUUGCUCCUACUCCCUGUUCCCCCCUUGUUCCUUCUCUGAUAUUGUCCAUUCAGGGCUCCUCCCGGCUGUGUUUGCACGGAGUUUCUCGGAUGUCACGGACCAGGAUGCAUGCGAAGAAUGUACCCGAAAACGGCCUAG